UCUGCAAACCGUGGGUUUAGGGGAAGCCGCCAGGCCAGGCGCCACCCCGCAGCGAAAACAAGAGAUUCCACUCCAAGUACACCACCUCACCUGCGAGCUGCGAACAAAGCCCAAAACCCUUUUGACGAUAAGGCGGCCGCCCGGCGUCGGCCGAUUCCUCCCCAAAUUUCCCAUCCUCGAGCUGCUGCCGAUCCCGCUCCGCUGUCGGCCGAGUUCGCGCCGGCCGGAAUCGCUCGUGAUAUGAGCAGCUGAUAAGUCGAAUUUCAAGGCCAUUGGACACUGUCAGGAGAAGUACAUUGAUUGCCUGCCCAUUAACUUAUUAAGAUGGCUACACAGUUACCAUGCUUCACACAGCUCAGUCCACCAUCUUCUAGUUGGGGAAGUGAAGUUCCAAGCUGCAAGGAUACAUCUGGUAGGGCAUUUGUCAGAAGUACUCGAACUUUGGGUCACUGUCACUUCAGGUGCUGUGCAAGCCCCCGCAGUGCCAACUCUUUCCAGAAGAAAGACUCGUUCCUUGACCUCCAUCCAGAGGUGUCUCUGCUCCGUGGUAAGAAGAAUGUUGAGGUCGUGGACCCAUUGAAAGGUGCUUCUGAUGGAAGCCCGUUAGAGGGGCUGGGAGUGCCACCAGACCGGAGUGAUUAUAAUGAGGCCAAGAUCAAGGUUGUUGGAGUUGGAGGUGGAGGUUCAAAUGCUGUCAACAGAAUGAUUGAAAGCUCUAUGAAUGGUGUUGAGUUUUGGAUCGUGAACACUGAUGUGCAGGCGAUAAGAAUGUCUCCUGUGCUUCCCCACAAUAGGUUGCAGAUUGGGCAGGAGCUGACUCGAGGUCUGGGUGCGGGGGGAAACCCUGAUAUUGGGAUGAAUGCAGCGAAGGAGAGCAGUGAAUCCAUACAGGAAGCACUUUAUGGUGCUGACAUGGUUUUUGUGACGGCUGGAAUGGGUGGAGGGACUGGAACUGGAGGUGCUCCUGUAAUUGCUGGAAUUGCCAAGUCCAUGGGUAUACUUACUGUCGGUAUUGUCACUACGCCUUUCUCAUUUGAGGGGAGGCGGCGGGCAGUUCAAGCUCAGGAAGGAAUAGCAGCUUUGCGAAAUAGUGUGGACACCCUGAUUGUCAUCCCAAAUGACAAGCUGUUAUCUGCUGUUUCUCCAAAUACUCCUGUAACAGAAGCAUUUAAUUUGGCUGAUGACAUUCUUCGACAAGGCAUUCGUGGCAUAUCUGAUAUCAUUACGGUUCCUGGAUUGGUUAAUGUUGACUUUGCUGAUGUGCGUGCCAUCAUGCAAAAUGCAGGGUCAUCUUUGAUGGGUAUAGGGACUGCUACAGGAAAGUCAAGAGCAAGAGAUGCUGCUCUUAAUGCCAUUCAAUCGCCACUGCUAGAUAUUGGAAUUGAAAGAGCUACAGGCAUCGUAUGGAAUAUCACUGGGGGAAUGGACCUUACUUUGUUUGAGGUAAAUGCAGCUGCUGAAAUAAUCUACGACCUUGUUGAUCCAAAUGCUAAUCUGAUAUUUGGUGCUGUCAUAGACCCUUCACUGAGUGGUCAAGUGAGCAUAACCUUGAUUGCUACUGGAUUCAAACGGCAGGAUGAACCAGAAGGUCGCACCUCAAAGGGUGGCCAGCAGAUCCAAGGCGAGAAUGGCCGACGCCCAUCCUCUGGCGAAGGCAGCAUGGUGGAGAUCCCCGAAUUCCUCCGACGAAGAGGCCCCUCUCGCUUCCCACGAGUUUGAUUGUCCAGGCUUCGCCCUUCUCCCGCCCUGUAUGAUAUACCUCCGUUAGGUCAGAUGGUUCCUGUAAGGCACUGAAGCCUUUCAGACUAGGCGUAGUGGUUCUUGUUCAGUUUUGUGCGUGAUAUUUUUCGAAUCCUCCUGUCAAUAAUGUGUAGAAGUGAGCUUGCUAGUGCUAUAGAAAAUGUGUUCCCUUUUACUCCGA